CUGACGUCCAUUUGUCUCCUUCAGGAUCCAGAGGGGGCUCUGGUGUUGCGUGGCCAGUCUCGGACCUGGUGCUGGUGCAUGUGUCUGGGUCUCGCCCUCAUGCUGUCUGGGAUGGUGGUUGCAGGAGUCUACCUGUAUCAAUACUACUCUGGAGAGCAACACCAGGUGUACUUUUGCGGGACGCAGUACCGUGAGGAGAACUUCAUGAUCCGAGAGGAGGAGGAUGUGGAGGUGGAGCUGUCUAAUGGAUUCCACCUGCGGCUGCUGGAGGAGAGGAUCCAGGUGCUGGAGAGGGAGCAGGUGGAGCUAAUCACCAUACCCGUGCCCAACUUUGAGGAUGGAGACCCAGCAGACAUCGUCCAUGACUUCCAGCGGAGGCUGACUGCUUACCUGGAUCUGAGCCUGAACAAGUGCUACGUCAUCCCACUCAACACCUCCAUCGUCCUUCCCCCCAAAGACCUUUUGGAGCUUCUCAUCAACAUCAAGGCCGGCAUUUACCUGCCGCAGACAUACCUGGUCCAUGAGGAGAUGAUGGUGACCGAGCGCCUGGGGCACGUGGAACAGCUGGGCGUCUCCAUCUAUAACCUCUGCCAUGAUAAAGAAACCUUCAAACUGCAGCGCAGGGACAGGAUUUUGGGUAUGCAGAAGCGUGAGGCCCUCAACUGCCGCAAGAUCCGUCACUUUGAGAAUAAGUUUGUGGUGGAGACUCUGAUCUGUGAGCCUUAACACGCCUCCGCGCCUCAGCACAGCUGUUAAAGUCGCUGGCGUGCAGUGAGAUUGUGAUCUUCAUCCUCGCUUCUCUGUUUUCUGUCCUUUCCUUCAGGUAGUUUGAGUGAGUGAGGGGAGUGAAAUGUGAAGCUGUUGGGCAAAACGUUGAUUGCUUAAAAAAGGUUUAAAAAAAGGCAAAGCUUUGAGUAUUUUUCCACAUUUCCGCAGGGGAUCAUUUCGGGUUCUUUACAAAUAACAACUAGCUGAUAGCCAGCCGCGUAUUCAGUUAUAAAUUAUUGUAAUCAAAGCAACUGCAAUGAUAGCAUAAACAUUUAUUUUCAUAGACGUGAACAAAUUUAACAUUUCUCUUGCUUUCAGUUAAAAUCUAAAAUUUUAAGAGAACGAGGAACUUUUGUACCACUGAUCCUGGUUUUUAACCUCAUCAGUCCAGGGAGACUUUUGUCCUUUUGGUAUAAUGUCUGCUGUAGCUAUUAAUACACUGUACCAGUUUAUUCUUUAACUGGAAAUGUAUCUUAAAUUGUAAGUCUGAAAGUGUGCUUUACUUGUUUAGCUUUAAAUAAACAGAAUUGAAAUUGUAAAAGAAAAAUCCAAGGAAGUGUGAGCUGACAGAAAACACACACUUUCAAAUCUUUUUCACAGGCAUGUCUCUAUAUUUUCUGAAUGUGUAAUUUUUUGGGGGGAUAACUCCUCUUGUUUUACUGAUUUGUGUAUAUAAUCUCUUAAAAUAUGUAAACAGACCAAUAAAAAAAAAGGGAAAAAGUUUA